CUAUUUAUUUUAACUCAAUGAAAUCAACAAAAGCCAGACAAGUUACAAAUUCAUCUCAAAUAGAAACUACCCUGAACAAUUAGAGUAUUUCUUCUCGUAAGGUCCCAAAAUUGCCAUAUUUGUACACAAAACAUAAUCAAGUUCUAUCUACAUCUCGGAAACUCUUAUUGGAAGAGAAUUCAGUUCUUGUUCAGUUAAAUGGUUAGAAGAAAGAGUUGCUAAAAUUGAUUUAUGAUAGAUAAUUGGAUGAUGCUAUAGAUAGUAAGUCAUUCUCACAAUAGUGUAGCAACAAAAAAAUUAGUAUAGUAAUGUAUUGCGUAUGAUUUGAAUAUAUUUGGUAAAUCACUUCAUAUACUGGCAGACAUGUAUAUAUCUAACAGAGAAUUUGCUAAUGGAUUAUACAUUUACAAUGUACUUCGUGUAUUAGGAGACGUUUAAAACAAUUAAACUCUUAAAAUUGAUGCUCUUAUAUAAAUGGGAGAUUUGUGUAAAUUAUAAUAAUCGUAUCAACUCAGCAAAAUAUUUCUAAAAAAAGCACUUCAAUAUGUUUGGUAUUUAAAUGAUACUGAAAAUGAAGCAACUAUUUAUGAUUAUUUUGGUGUUCUUUAUUAUGUAUAAGGAGAAUUAAGAUUAGCUAAAGAAUAUCAUGAUAGAGCAAUGAAUUUUAUUAGAGAAUCUACUGAUAGUGCUGCACGUAAACAUGGAAUUGAAUAUGUAAAGACAUACAUUAAAAGAAUUAAUUAUUAAUCUUAAAUUAUGAAUAAUAUGGUUUUAUCUAAAUUAGGUUUAAUUUAAGGAAAUGAUACAGACAUUAAAUUAAAUACACUUCUAGAUUUUAAUACUUUAUCUGAUUAAAUUUUAUAAGAUUAUGAAUUUUAAGUUGAAAUGUCAACUCCAAAUAGACCUUAAAGAUGUAUAACUAAAAAUGGAAUACUUUAAAAUGAUGUUGAUAUGUUUGAAAAUGUCAAAGAAUUACAUGAAAGAUAAAAAAAAAGAAAAUUUUUUGAAAAAAAAAUUCCUGUAAUGCAUCUCACAAGAUCAGUUUUUAAAUAAACUAUAGAAGAAUAACUUGAAUAACGAAUGAAAACAGAUAAAUCAAAAAAUGUAUUAAUAUAUUUAUUUAUUUUAAUUAGUCUGUUGAAGAAUUUAAGAAAUAGUUAUAAAAAUUUCACACCUAUAAAAACUUUCCUGAAAAAUUAGAAAAAGUUAAUAUUAACCAUCUUUCUCCAAAUAGAAAUCUUGUUGGCUUUAAAUAUAGUUUUAAACCUAUGCGUCAUUAAUUGCUUGAUUUAUUUGGAGAGAUUGAAUAAUAUAUGUAUUUACAUUCAUCCUGA